AUGGCGUUCCAUCUGCCUCAUCCUGUAUUUCCUACGACAAGGAGGUCUCCACUGCAAUAUCUCUUCUUACGAUAUGUCUUUUUUCCUUGUUUUCUUUUGCUAAAAACCCACAAUCACUCCUUUUCUCAUCAUUACCCUUUUCUUCGUUACCUGUUCCUGCUAUAUUAUCAUGACUCAUCGGAAUAUCUUAAACCUAAUGACCUUGUCCGUAUAUGUCUUAUUUGCCUCCGUUUGCCUUGGCUUUCUCGCCUUCGCUAUUUGGCGGCCCGCUUGCUUGCCUAUGCUGCUCUCCUUCGACCAAGUGAUAUUCUAAAUUACGCCCUCACUCUGUUGCUAGCUCGCAUAACACAGCCGAACGAUCCAAACUUUGCCCAUCUUCUUUCGCUUUCACAAAAUGAUGCCUUCAGUAGCAAUGGAAAAGUCGAAAUGGAAAAGCAGCAGGCGAUCGACAAAGAGGACUUGCCCAAAGUUGUGUUGCAGGAUAAAUCUCCGACAGAAAGCAAUUUACAAGAUGUGGACAUUAAAACUUUGGCAUCUAAUAUGAUGAAAGACUCAUUCCUGCCAGUUAUGGCCGAUAAGCAUGAGAUGCCAAUACAGAUGCAAAUGAUAAAUCAGGACUCCGUCAAAUCUGAUGAGACUAACUUUAUUACCAGCAGAAUUAACAAACAGGAUGAUAUGAACGUUCAAAAUUACACGAAUCCUUCCAUGCCCCAAAAUCAAGCAGAUUCUCAACUGUGUAAUGACAUCGGACAGCUCGGAGCACUUGAGGCAUUGAUAUGUAUCCUUUUCUUAUGGUGGUUAGCUUGCAUUUCAUAA